CCCCAUAAUGUACCAUGCUCACAGCUGAUCGUGUUCGGCGAUGACUUCACCGAUGAUGGAAUCGAAUUCGGAGAAAAUUCGCACGGUUUCCUGAGAAAUUCGAAUGGUCCGGUGUGGUCGGAAUACCUGAGCCGAAUGCUCUCAUGCGAAAAGUACACCAAUUAUGCGCAUACUGGAGCAAGAAGUGGCUACGACAAUGUGCACUUCUCGGGCUGGUCAGGGAUACUCUGGCAGAUGGAGUACCACUUCAUCAAUCAUCCAACCACACAGCCUCAUUCGUUAAUAAUCUUACAAGCCGGUGGAGUAGCAGAGUUACUGCAUCGAAACGAGAACCUUGAUGACAACUCGCAUGACGACAGACAAAUUGACGAAAACGUGGCGCACUCUGCUCUGGCACUCAUCGACAACGUCGAUGAUGGCAUAAUCGUGGUAAUGAAUUUGAUCGAUCCAUGCGAAGCGCCUGGCUAUGCCAGUUUUGCGAACGAUGAACAUGACACGCUGGACGUGUCUACCAGAGUUUCAAAGAUCAAUUCGAAAUUGUGGAAACUAGUAUUAACGGAAGGACGAACAAAUCCUCGAGUUGGACUAUUUGACCUAAAUGCUGCAAUCGUGGAAGCAACACGACGAAUGAAUAUAACCACUCCAUUCGCGCAUCAACGUGCCAACUUAACGUCACGAGAAAUCUACAACUACGCGUAUCACGAUCAGUGGUACCCCUCAACAUUUGUACAUCACAAAAUUGCCGAAAAACUGAUUAAAUUUCUGGAAGACCUGUGA